UUGGACCAUUAUUUAGUGAUAUCUAUAAGCCAUCACUGACGACAAGAUGAUUUGUUUCUAUUUCAGGCCAUGGAUCGUGCUCCAAAUUUGAAUGAUUUGACAGAAAUGGAAAUUAUUCAGCGGUACAGAUUUGACAUGAAUGGCAUCUUAUAUCUUGAACAGUUAAUCGGGAAUGGAAUCACACCAAAACUGAAUAGAAAUAAUGCCAUAAGUGCCCGGCAGAAAAUAUUAAUCACAUUAAGCAACUGGGCCUAUACAAUUAAAUGACAGUGACUUACACAAAGUAAGCCAACCUACUGUUUCUAGAGUUUUAACUAGAGUCAUUGAUGUCUUAUCAACGCCAGAUAUUGUGAGACAAUUUAUUAGAUUCCCAACAAUGGAUGAUCAGUUCAGGCGAAACUCAUUUCAGUUUCAGAGAAUCGCCCGAUUCCCGAAUGUUAUUGGAGUGAUCGAUGGGACCCAUAUUGGAAUUAAGGCUCCUCAUGAACAUGAAGAAGUGUUUGUGAACAGAAAGAGUGUUCAUAUCAUAAAUGUUCAAGUAGUGUUCGAUCCUUUUCAUAGAAUUAUAGAUGUAGUUGCGAGAUGGCCAGGAUCGGUCCAUGAUAGCAGGGUGCUCCGUGAAAGCGGUUUAUUUGACUUGUUUGAAGGGGAGCAUGCAAAUGGAUACUACUUGUUGGGAGAUAGUGGAUAUCCAGCUAAGAGAUGGCUGCUAACCGCCUACCUGUCACCACAGAAUGCAACAGAAGAAGGCUACAACCGAAGUCACAAAAUCACACGAGCUCUUGUGGAGAGAUCUAUUUGACAACUUAAGAAAAGGUUUGGUGUUCUCCAUGGAGAAAUAAAUUUGGAGCCACAAAAAGUUUGCAAGGUUAUUGUAGCAUGUUGUGUUCUGCACAACAUCUGCAAAGAGAGAGCAAUCUCUAUUAACGGUGAUGAUGAUUCUGAUGAUGAGGAUGAUAAUGCAGAUAAUCAACUGGCACAGGGAGUGCAGCAACCUCCAAAUGUGGCGGAGAAUAGUUUUCGGGAUCAU